CUUAUAUCCUCUGUGCUUCGAUCUGCUCUGACAAACUAAACUACCACUCUUGCUUGCUUCUUCCUGCUCGCCUCAGGUUUUCUGUUUUCCUCAGGCCACAUACCCAGCUCCUUAUUCAUUCUCAAGUCUCUAUAUAUUAAUUAGAACUACUGCUCCUUCUUCUUCCCUCUGACAAGACUAAAAGAGCGAGUCCUUCCAACUGUUAAGCAGCGACAAGAGUGACCAACAAUGUCUAGCAGAAGAUCAUCGCGUUCGAGGCAGUCGGGCAGUUCCAGGAAUAACAACAACAUCAGCGACGAGCAGAUUGCUGAUCUUGUAUCCAAGUUACAGCAACUUCUCCCUGAGAUUCGCCAUAGGCGCUCAGACAAUAAGGUGUCAGCAUCCAAGGUCCUGCAGGAGACUUGCAACUACAUCAAAAACUUACACAGAGAGGUCGACGACCUAAGUGAGCGCUUAUCUCAGCUUUUGGCGACGACUGACAUGGAUUCCGACCAGGCUUCCAUUAUCCGGAGCUUACUUAUGUGAUCAUCGAUUCCCCGACGAUCCGCCAUAACUAUUUUCUAUAUGUAUUUUUGUUGUGAUCAUCAACGAGUCUGUUCUAGCUAGCUCCAUAUAUAUAUGUCUGGCUAAACUAUAGCUAGGGUUUG